AUAAAGCUGCCCCUUUCUCAUCCUCCUCCGUCUUCUUCCAUUUUUGUUAGCCAAUCGUCGAUCGAGUCCUCCAAACCCCCAACAAAUCCCCCCUUCCAUGGCCGCCGCCGCCUCCGCCCCGGCGCAACCCCGGCGCCGCCGCCUCCCCCGCCGCCCGCCAAGCACAUCUUCAUCCUCUCCGGCCAGAGCAACAUGUCCGGCUACGGCGGCGUCACCCGCCACCACGGCUGGGACGGGGUCGUCUCCCCGGAGUGCCGCCCCGACCCCUCCGUCCUCCGCCUCAGCGCCGACCUCCGGUGGGAGGAGGCCCGGGAACCCCUCCACCGCGACAUCGGCACCCGGAAGGCCUGCGGCGUGGGCCCGGGGAUGGCCUUCGCGAACGCGGUGAGGGAGCGCGGCGGGGUCGCGGGGAUGGCGGUGGGCCUGGUGCCGUGCGCGGUGGGGGGGACGGCGAUCCGGCAGUGGGCCCGCGGGGAGGAGCUGUACGAGAGCAUGGUGAGGAGGGCGAGGGCGAGCGUGAGGGACGGCGGCGGCGGCGGCGAGAUCAAGGCGCUGCUGUGGUACCAAGGCGAGAGCGACACCUCCACGCAGCACGACGCGGAGGCGUACGGGGAGAAGAUGGAGGCGCUCAUCAAGAACGUGCGCGACGAUCUCGGCCUGCCCUCCCUUCCCGUCAUCCAGGUCGCAAUCACGUCGGGGGACGCGAGGUACAUGGACAUAGUGAGACGGGCACAGCUCGGAAUCAAGCUCCCGAACGUCGUGUGCAUCGACGCGAAGGGGAUGCCACUCAAUGACGACCACAUUCACCUCACCACUCAUGCCCAGGUCCGCCUCGGCCACAUGCUGGCCGAUGCGUACCUCCAGCACUUCACACCAUAGCCCCACCCCCCCAACAAAAAAGAAGAAGAAGAAGAAGAAGCCACAAAACAACUUCUUCUCUUGUGCUCGCUCUUCUUUCAUGUAAUAAUGUCAAAGUUCCAUCCUCCCGUCCUUUCAAGGCGGGCUGGGUGAGGUUUGUUCCAAGGGAUGAUUCUAAGUGUGAUUCGCCAUACAAUUGAGUGUAAGAAAUUCCAAGUAGUUCUCUCUUCUUCUU